CGCGAGUGCAGGAAGAUGGCGUCCGGUGGUGGUGGCUGUAGCGCCUCGGAGAGACUCCCUCCACCCUUUCCCUGUCUGGAGUCCGAGGGGGCGGCUGGGGGGUCAGAACCCGAGGCUGGGGACAGCGACACUGAGGGGGAGGACAUUUUCACCGGCGCCGCGGCGGCCAGUAAGUCCCAGUCUCCAAAGAGAACUGCUUCCCUUCUUCCCAUCAACAGUGGCUCCAAAGAAAAUGGAGUCCAUGAGGAACAAGACCAAGAGCCACAGGACCUCUUUGCAGAUGCCACAGUGGAGCUAUCCCUGGACAGCACUCAAAAUAAUCAGAAGAAGGUACCAGCCAAAACGCUCAUUUCUCUUCCACCACAGGAAGCCACACAUUCUUCUAAGACCCAGCCAAUCUAUGAGGAGCUAGAGGAAGAAGAGCACGAGGACCAGUUUGAUUUGACAGUCGGUAUAACUGACCCUGAGAAGAUAGGGGAUGGUAUGAAUGCCUACGUAGCCUACAAAGUUACAACACAGACGAGCUUACCAAUGUUCAGAAGUAAACAGUUUGCAGUGAAAAGAAGAUUUAGUGACUUUCUGGGUCUUUAUGAGAAGCUCUCAGAGAAACACUCUCAGAAUGGCUUCAUUGUUCCUCCUCCGCCUGAGAAGAGCCUAAUAGGAAUGACAAAAGUGAAAGUUGGGAAGGAAGAUUCUUCUUCUGCAGAAUUUCUUGAAAAACGAAGGGCUGCUCUAGAAAGGUAUCUUCAGAGGAUUGUGAAUCAUCCGACCAUGUUACAGGACCCUGAUGUCAGGGAGUUCUUGGAAAAAGAAGAGCUGCCACGUGCGGUGGGUACCCAGACAUUGAGUGGCGCUGGUCUCCUCAAAAUGUUCAACAAAGCCACGGAUGCAGUCAGCAAAAUGACCAUCAAGAUGAAUGAAUCAGACAUUUGGUUUGAGGAGAAGCUCCAGGAGGUAGAGUGUGAGGAGCAGCGCUUACGGAAACUGCAUGCCGUUGUAGAAACUCUAGUCAACCACAGGAAAGAGCUAGCGCUGAACACAGCCCAGUUUGCAAAGAGUCUAGCCAUGCUCGGGAGCUCCGAGGACAACACGGCAUUGUCGCGGGCACUCUCCCAGCUGGCCGAGGUGGAAGAAAAAAUUGAGCAGCUCCACCAGGAACAGGCCAACAAUGACUUCUUCCUCCUGGCUGAGCUUCUGAGUGACUACAUCCGCCUCCUGGCCAUAGUCCGCGCUGCCUUCGACCAGCGCAUGAAGACAUGGCAACGUUGGCAGGAUGCUCAGGCCACCCUGCAGAAGAAGCGGGAGGCUGAGGCCCGGCUGCUGUGGGCCAACAAGCCUGACAAGCUGCAGCUGGCCAAGGACGAGAUCGCAGAGUGGGAGUCUCGGGUGACUCAGUAUGAAAGGGACUUUGAGAAGAUUUCAACAGUGGUUCGAAAAGAAGUGAUACGGUUUGAGAAAGAGAAAUCCAAGGACUUCAAAAACCACGUGAUCAAGUACCUGGAGACACUCCUGUAUUCACAGCAGCAGCUGGCAAAGUACUGGGAAGCUUUCCUUCCUGAGGCAAAGGCCAUCUCUUAACGGACUGAGGACAGCAGAGCCCACCUGCCUGACGCUGCCAUUUUAUACACUGUCUUCCUCCACUUUUUGACGGACCCAGUGCUGCGUCCUGCCUGGCCCGGACUUGCCCUUCCUGUCUGCUCCUGCAGCCAAGCUGUCCCAGCAUUCUAACCGUAUUUUAUUUAGCUUCCAUAUAUAUUUUCUUAUCUAAGAGAAUAGUUUCCUGCUUUAAGCCAAGACCUACAAUAGGUGGUGGAAUUACGGAAUAGGAGUGGGGAAUUGAUAUAAAUAUAUAAAUACAAAUGUAUAUUUUUCAGGGUGUGGUUUAGGAACUGGGAAUAACAUUUCCUGUUACUCCUGAUGGUGCCAUGAAAAGAUUAUGUAAUAAAAUAUUUUCAAAUCAGGU